GCGGCAAUAGACGCGAAGCAGUAAUGGCUAUGAUGGGAGACAAGACGAAGAAGAAAUCGAGUGCUGUGACUUUGCAACAGUUCAUCUCCAAUAUGACUCCUUUAAUCGAUUUGGAGAAAGUUUUUUUUCUCCCCUUCUAAAUUCUCUGUUUGGAUUUUUCGAACUCUAUAUCAGCUUCGGUUGCUAUUGGGUCUAGAUCUGCUUCAGAUGUGAAAUAGAAUAAAAGAAGGAUGAAUAAGACAGAAAAAUGAAUGAAGGUGAAGCUGAGAUUGAUAUUUCACAUGGAAAGAGACUUACUCAAAAUGGAGUCCAAGGUUCUGAUACUGGAAUUAUUGCAUUACCCAUAUACUACAUAGAGAUGGUGAUCCCAAUUAAUUUAUCUGUGCCGGUGACAUGUCAUAAGAGGAAGGACGCAUGCAGUGAUGCAGUUAAUCAGGGAGGCGCAGCAGAGCUGAGGUGGUUGAUUGGGUACCCUACUUCUUCACUGGAUAAGUCCUUCUCCAACUCUUUCCAGCUUGAAAGAAAUCACCCAGGAGGAGAGUCCCCAUAUCCAGGAUGUCUGAAGGAGAUGAAUGGAUGGCUGGAUGAAAUGCGGGAAAGUGAGGAACUGAGAGUCACCAAUGAUCCAGCAAAGGAUGAGAAAGAAGUAGAAGAAAUUGAAGAUGUUGUGUGGGUGGAGAAAACAGGGGAAUGUUUGGUGGUUCAUUUCAAGUGUCCCUGCGGCAAAGGCUAUCAAAUUCUUCUCUCUGGAGGCAAAUGCUACUGCAAACUCAUGUAGGUUCAUCUUUCACGUCAUUUGAGGAAGAUAUGUUGUUGUGAAUCAUUCUUUUAGACUGCACAGGAAGCUUAGGACUGAUUUUUAUUUCUUCUGCGACUUGUGCCAUCUUGGCACAUGUUGUAAUUGAAACAAAGAGGUUUAGAGAUUGGAUGGAUUUGUUCAUUAGGAGGAAAACAUUUUGUUGUCAUCAUUCUUUUUGUACCAUUGCAGAACAAUAUACGCUGCAAUUGAAU